AUGCAAGUGUGGGAGGAAUGCAAGUGUGGGAGGAAUGCAAGUGUGGGAGGAAUGCAAGUGUGGGAGGAAUGCAAGUGUGGGAGGAAUGCAAGUGUGGGAGGAAUGCAAGUGUGGGAGGAAUGCAAGUGUGGGAGGAAUGCAAGUGUGGGAGGAAUGCAAGUGUGGGAGGAAUGCAAGUGUGGGAGGAAUGCAAGUGUGGGAGGAAUGCAAGUGUGGGAGGAAUGCAAGUGUGGGAGGAAUGCAAGUGUGGGAGGAAUGCAAGUGUGGGAGGAAUGCAAGUGUGGGAGGAAUGCAAGUGUGGGAGGAAUGCAAGUGUGGGAGGAAUGCAAGUGUGGGAGGAAUGCAAGUGUGGGAGGAAUGCAAGUGUGGGAGGAAUGCAAGUGUGGGAGGAAUGCAAGUGUGGGAGGAAUGCAAGUGUGGGAGGAAUGCAAGUGUGGGAGGAAUGCAAGUGUGGGAGGAAUGCAAGUGUGGGAGGAAUGCAAGUGUGGGAGGAAUGCAAGUGUGGGAGGAAUGCAAGUGUGGGAGGAAUGCAAGUGUGGGAGGAAUGCAAGUGUGGGAGGAAUGCAAGUGUGGGAGGAAUGCAAGUGUGGGAGGAAUGCAAGUGUGGGAGGAAUGCAAGUGUGGGAGGAAUGCAAGUGUGGGAGGAAUGCAAGUGUGGGAGGAAUGCAAGUGUGGGAGGAAUGCAAGUGUGGGAGGAAUGCAAGUGUGGGAGGAAUGCAAGUGUGGGAGGAAUGCAAGUGUGGGAGGAAUGCAAGUGUGGGAGGAAUGCAAGUGUGGGAGGAAUGCAAGUGUGGGAGGAAUGCAAGUGUGGGAGGAAUGCAAGUGUGGGACGUGUAUAUUUCUAUUUGGCGCCUCUGCCGCAGUGGCGCCUCUGCCGCAGUGGCGCCUCUGCCGCAGUGGCGCCUCUGCCGCAGUGGCGCCUCUGCCGCAGUGGCGCCUCUGCCGCGUUUCUUCUUCUAG